CUGCGCGACCAUAGAUACGCAUUCGAAGCGUACAUUUCCCAAUUUGCCAUGCCCAGCGUCGACGGGGCCACGUCGCCAUGCACGGACAACGAAGACGACACGACGAUGGACGUUGCCUUGACGCUGACCAAGGGCCGCCGGCGCAACAGCAAGUCCGACACCAACGCCCACGGCCCCUGGACUCCCGAAGAGCACGAGCGUUUUCUUCUUGGCAUCCAGUUGCACCCGGAAGGUCCUUGGAAAGCCGUCGCCGACGUCAUCCAGACGCGCAAUGCCAAGCAGGCGCAGACGCACAUGCAAAAGUGCAAAGAGAAGAUUCUUCGGCAGCGGCGGCGGCGCGACGAAGUGCUGCGCGACGUCAUCCAAGCGUCGGACGACGAUGCGAUUCGGCUCGUGGCCGCGUCCGCGACCGCAACGCCGAUCACGCUGCAUCGUUCCAAGCACGCCGAAAACUUGCGCCUCGCGGCGCUCGAGCCGCUACCACUCGACACGACGACGCCUGCUGCUGCCGUCACGAGUGCGCUCGGCACACACAAGGUGACGUGGACCGAGGCCGUCGACUAUUUUUGGCAACUCGUCUCGACGGGCGACGAGCGCGUCGUAUAGCGUAACAUCCACAGACCUCUUUAACUUAUGAGUAUUCUUGCAUCUUGGA